UGUUACAAACAAUAAUACUCCGUACAUCAAUACAUUAUAUUGGAGAUUGAGAGAAGUACGUCCGCUAAUCAUGGAGACAAAGAUCCUAAACGGCUUCUCUGCGACUAAGAAAUUUACGAAAGUCAUCAUCAUUGUGUUCUUAUUCGAUGCCAUGUUUACAGCGGCGUUGGCGAAGGGCUCUUCCAGCAGUAGCGCUGCUGCAGCCAGUGCAGCCAAUGCUCAUCGUCACUCGGGAGCUUCAUCUGUUUCCACUCUCACGUGGAAACCAAAGUUCGGACUCCAACUUCACACCAUCAUCUUUAAUAUUUUCAUCAUACUUUUCCUAGCUUAGUAUGAUGAUUGAAUAAGAAGAAAUUUCCUAAAUAGGAAUAAAACAUGGUUAAAAUUCCUAAAUAUGAAUCCAUGUUUUAUAUUCCUUAAAUAAGAAUAUACAUUACUUUUCUACACUUGUAUAUGUGUGUUUCCAUACAAGAAUAUGCAGUCGAUUAAUAAUGAUUUCUCUUUAAAUAUUACUGAGUGUCCACA